CCCGCCAAAAAAUGGCACACCGACGUGACCGCCCACAGAAAAUUGGCGAUUGGCAGGGCACGCUAAGGGAACAUUUUCGCUACUGACACAGUCGCUUGCCUUAGAACUUCUUUCCCCUCUGUAACCAUCACCAAAAACCGAACAUUGAAGGUUUCAGUCUCCGCCCAACUUGCGGUUAAAUUGAUUGAUCUCUCGUGUUCUUACACUCACCAAACAAAAAACCAUCAAAAUGAAGCACCUCGCAGCUUACCUCCUCCUCGGCCUCGGUGGCAACACCUCUCCCUCGGCCGCCGACGUCAAGGCCGUCCUUGAGUCUGUCGGUGUUGAGGCUGACAACGACCGUCUCGAGACUCUGAUCUCCGAGCUUGAGGGCAAGGACAUCAACGAGCUCAUCUCUGAGGGUACUGCCAAGCUUGCCUCCGUCCCCUCGGGCGGUGCUGGUGGCGCUCCCGCUGCCGGUGGUGCUGCUGCUGGCGGCGCUGCUGAGGAGAAGAAGGAGGAGGCCAAGGAGGAGGAGAAGGACGAGUCCGACGACGACAUGGGCUUCGGUCUGUUCGACUAAGCGCCUCGCCUCGCUACGACCGUCAAAUGAAUUUCCGAGCAGAGACUAUUACGGGCUGGGUGCGCGGCUGUCCGCCGACGUCUUGACUGGCGUUUGGAUGACUUGUCGCUGGUCGAAUUGGGGGCUUUUCUAGGUGGAACACUACUUGAUACGACUCAUGAUCAAUGACACCCGCUUCAUCGGA